UAUUCUCAUUCCUUGUGCCUCUCCCUGGAACAUGACCUUGCUUCCAGUCCAGAAGGGACAAAUAACUAUCGCCCUGUACAGGAUCUCAGAGAGGUUAAUAGACGAGUUCUGAGUCUAUACCCAACAGUGCCAAAUCCUGAGAACACCUGGUACUCUGUUCUGGACCUGAAAGAUGCUUUCUUCACUUUGCCUCUUACUCUGAUGGAAGCAGCUUCAUCCAGAACGGCAGAGGCAGAUGAGUGGCUGGGGCAGCAGUGACCACCAAAAAGGAGGUACUCUGGGUUAAACAGUUAGAGCCUGGCUUCUCUGCCCAAAAGGCAGAACUCAUUGCUUUGACUGAGGUACUAAAACUAGCCACGGGAAAGAGGGUAAACAUCUAUACUGAUAGUAGAUAUGCUUUUGCUACUAUACAUGUACAUGGAGCCAUCUAUUAAGAGCCAGGUCUCUUAACCUCGGCCAGAGCUAAGAUUAAAAAAAAAAAAAAGGGCUCCACAGGUCCUAGAUUUGCUGGCAGCAGUCUGGCUGUCAGCAGAUUGCUGCUAUUCACCUAAGGAAACAAUUUGGCAGAUCAGGCCGCUCAAAGAGUAGCAAUCACAUCAGAGGGGCCAGCCAAGAAAGUAACUGCUCUGAUGCGAGUCCUCCCGAUCUUGUCAGAACCAGUUUACACAAAGAAAGACUGCACUGGUUGUUGUGAGCCAUCUGACAGAUUCCAGUCCCUGUGACUAAAAGACAAGUGCAAAAUUUCUAGGAGCCACAGGACUGAUCCAGAGUUUGGGACCCUGGCAGAGGCCUGUUGCCUACCUUUCCAAGAGACUUGGUUCUGUGGCAGCCAGAUGGCCACCCUGUCUGCAGUGAUUUCCUCAGUGGCCCCCUCAUAAAGGAGGCUUAAAAAUUGACUUUUGGACACAAACUCUUAAUUGUUUCCUCCUAUUCGCUGGAGACUCUCAUCAAGGUCCCACCAGACCGAUGGAUGUCUAAUUCCCAAGCCAUACAUUAUCAGGCACUAUUUCUGGAAACAGCAGCUUCAAACUUGGCUACUUUGCUGACUGAGGACGACCCCUCAUUGCCUCACCACAAUUGUACUGAGGUCAUUGAUCACCUCACGGGACGUCGACCUUAUCUAGUGGAUAAGCUACUAUCUAGAGUUCCAUCCUACUUCUCUGAUGGAAGCAGUUACAUCUAUCAAGGUAAGCGGGUCGUGAGAGCUGCUGUUACACAAAAUCUUAGGUUCUAUGGGAACAAAUCUUAGAGCCAGAGACAUCAGCAUAGUGGGCUAAACUCAUUGCCCACACUGAGGCCUCAAGUUGUCUUUAUCAAAAAUGGUGUUUAUUGUCUUCUGGGGUCAAAAGAUUAAAAAUGCUCCCCAAAUUUGGACUUGUUGGCUGCCAUCUAGAUGCCAAGGAGAGUGGCUACUAUCUGCUGUAUAAGCCAUUGGGCAGAAGGUGAUCUUGUUAUAGGAGAAAAUAACUUGGCAAAUGCCACCUUCCACAAGACAACCAGAAAGCCCCAAAAUCAGUGGGUGUUGGGAGCCGCGUCUGUGAUAGCUCGCCUUGCGCGGCGGACGUGCGGCCUGUGGUAAAGAGCAAAGCCUGAGGUAGAUUACCCCUCCCAUCGAAUAUGUUAGUUUCCUGCUUACCGCGUAAACAACCCGCUCAACAAUAUAGUCUGCCUGGCAACUGAUGAUGUUAGCCAAUCAGCUUGCCUUGCUUACUUUAACAUGAUUGGACACUGUACCCGUAUAUAUACCGGUGCCACCCCUGGGCGGAAGUAGAAGCCAGGUAGAAGCCCGGAAGUAAAAGCCCAAAAGGAGCCGCGGAGAGCGGACCGGUAGAGGCUUUGGGGCAGACUGAAGCACAAAAGGAGCCGCGGGGAGCGGACCAAAGGAGGCUUCAGCUGGGAGAACCCAGGGCAGGCUAUACGGAGAAGAAAAAUAAAAAGAAAAGGUUGUCCACUACCAGACUUUGUCGUGUGUCCUUCCUGCCGGCCGGGAGCGGACAUCGACAUUUGGUGGCCCGUACGGGGACUGAUCACCCCCGAGACGUGGAAGUGGACAACGCUCCAGUACAGAGCUGCGAGACAGGUGAGUUGGGGAUAAGCCUGGGCUCUGGGUGGCGCGCACCUACAGGGCUUUUAGACUCCCCUCAGGCUCACGCGUAAGUGGCGGAUUCCUUGGGCCUCACGCGGUGAGUAACAUAUUAAAAAAUGGGAAACAUGCUAGGUAGCAACACUAAGAGCGAGGGUGGUUGUGGAGAAAGCUCUCAAGAGCUUACAAAAGUACGCAGGGUAUCUGAGCAGGCCCAGUCAGGGAGCUCCCGAGAGGUGUCCGUCAAGGGGAACAAAGAUGCUAAGGAGGAGGACGGGGCUCUAGCCUCGGAGUCGUCUGACUCCGAGGACGAGGGAAAGUUGAAUGGCAGGGAGGCCAAAGAGACCAGCUGUCAGGAGCCUAAGUCGCUCAAUAAGGAGUCGCAGGGUUCUUUUCCAGCGUCGCGCCGCGAAUUGCGCUCUGCUCAACCUGGUCUGCGGAGGAGUAGAGAGCUCCUGAGUGCGCCCCGGCGCGAGAGGGAGGCGAAGCCUUCCGCCCCACCUUGGGGGCCGUUUCCGGAGGCGGUCCCUCGCCACGAGGCGGCCGCCUGGGAGCUCCCUCCCCUUUCGCCAGAACAGGAAGUGAUGCACGGGCCCCCAUUUUCCGCCCAAUCACGGCCGCCGUCUUAUGCUCCGCCGCCGGCGGGUCGGUAUUUUUACAGGCAGCUUUGGCAGGAGGGACGCUUGUUUCAUGAGGUACAUCCACCUGGGAUAGAUAGUGGCCCCUACGGGAUAUUUCCUGUACAAGUAGCUAUGGGCCAGGGACGCAAUGUAUGGGAGCCUUUUGAGAUAAAGCAGAUUAGAGAACUUAAAAAUACAGUUACAACCUUUGGGCCGACUGCGCCUUACACCAUUGCCAUGCUGGAGAAUCUGUCUUCUGGGCCCCUCACCCCCGCGGACUGGAUUCAGCUGGCAAAGGCGUGUCUGCCCUCGGGUAGUUACCUGGAUUGGCGAGCCUGUUAUGCAGAGUUCUCUGCAGAGCAGGCUGAAAAAAACGCCAAUCGAGGAAACCAGGGGUGGAACAAAGAAAUGCUUAUGGGAAAAGGUCGACACUCUGAUGAUCAGACCCAGUUCCCCGGCGCUGUCUAUGAACAAAUCAAUGCCAUAGGGCUCCGCGCCUGGAAGCAAGUAAGUGGUGCCGGAACAGCCUCCUUGUGUCUUUCAAAAAUAAUUCAGGGUACCACAGAGCCAUUUGUUGACUUUGUGGCCCGAAUGCAAGAUGCUGCCGAUAAGAUAUUUUCUGAUCCGGGAGUGGCUCGACCGCUGGUAAGGCAGCUGAUUUUCGAACAGUGUACAAAGGAGUGCAAGGCAGCGAUAGCUCCUCAUAAGAACAAAGACCUCAAUGCCUGGAUUAGGAUAUGCAGAGAGAUAGGGGGGCCGCUCUCCAACUCGGGAGUGGCUGCUCUCCUGGCCGCGGCUGUACAGCAGAGGGGACCUCGCGGGUCAGGAGGGAAAUGUAAGGCUAAAGGGUGUUUUGCCUGCGGGGAGCCAGGACACAUUAAACGUCACUGCCUAAACAAUGCAGAUGCUAGGCCUCGUCCUAGGAAUGAAGAGCCAUAUGUUUGUGGGCGAUGCAAGAAGGGAUCACACAAAGCUGAGGAGUGUAGGUCGGUCUUUGAUGCUCAGGGCAACCGUAUUUGUGGACAAGAUGCUAGAGAGCCAAAAAACGGCCAGAGGGGGCCCCCUUCACAGGCGGGCCCCCGCCCCAGAGACAGGACAGCUCAGGAUGACAGCCUUCAACAAGGGCCACCCCUGGGUCAGCAGGUGUGGACCUCAGUGUCGCCUCCAGACUUAUAUGGGUGUUCAUCUUGUCAUUUGUCACUCAGCACCCUAUAAUUUUUCCAAAGGUUACUGCCUCUGAGCCAUUAGUCCCAGCAACUACAAUAUAUACAGAUGGCUCCAAGACGGGGAUAGGCGCCUAUGUGAUCCUAGGCAAGCCCCCGGUUACCAUACAAUUUAAACCAGAUCAGCCUCAGGUGGUGAAACUGCAGAUCAUUAAAAUGAUUCUUAAACGGUUCUCAGAGGCCAUUAACAUUGUCUCCGAUUCUAGGUAUGUGGUCAAUGCUAUGCAAGUGCUUGAGACUGCCGGUUUAAUUAGAUCCACUUCCACAGUGGCUGGGCUGUUCCUGUCUAUCCAGACAUUGCUUCAGAACAGGCACCAUAAGGUCUUCACCACCCACAUAAGAGCACAUACAUCCCUGCCAGGGCCUAUGGCACAGGGGAAUGCGGCUGCUGAUACUGCCACUCGCCCGUUAUGGAUUUUUACCUUACUAACACCAAUCGAGCGAGCCCGUGCCUUCCAUGAUAAGUUUCAUGUCAAUGCCAGGACACUAGCAAACCAUUUCCAUGUUUCUAGAGCAGAUGCACGAGAUAUCGUGCGACUAUGUGACUCCUGUGCCACAUACAAACCUGCCAUACCGAUGGGAGUAAACCCUCGAGGUUUGAUCCCUGGUGAUGUUUGGCAGAUGGACAUCACACAUAUACAGGAGUUUGGGACUCUUAAAUAUGUUCAUGUUUCCACAGACACCUGUUCUCGCGUCAUAUUUGCAACAGCAGAAACAGGUAAAAAAGUGUCUAAUGUGAUCAAUCAUUGCCUGGCAGCUUGGGCCGCAUGGGGCAAACCAAAAAUAUUAAAAACUGAUAAUGGACCAGCCUAUAUAGGCAAAGCUUUCAAUGAGUUCUGCAAAAUGAUGGAGGUUCAAUUAAAACAUGGUAUCCCAUACAAUCCCCAAGGUCAAGAAAUCAUUAAGAGGGCUCAUAGAAGCCUCAAAAAAAUUUUACAAAAACAAAAAGGGGGAGUAGGCCAAGGCCUGGCCCCAAAGGCACGAUUAUCCAUGGCACUAUUCACACACAAUUUUUUAAAUUUAAAUAAUGAUAAUCGCUCCCCAGCUGUGGAGCACUGCAACCCUUCCCCCAACCAUAAAGGGUGGGUGAAGUGGAAAGAUGUCCUGACAGGACAAUGGAUGGGCCCGGAUCCAGUGGUCAGCUGGAACCGAGGCGCGGUUUGUGUUUUCCCACAGGAACCGGGACGAGAACCACUGUGGAUACCGGAGAGACUGACACGGGCAACAAAGCCCUCGACUGAAGAUCAGACCUGCCCUACUGGAGAUCCAUCACAGACCAACCAACAA